AUGCCACCAGUCACCCCCAGCGCCGACGAAAAUAACGAUGGUGUCUCUGCCCAUAUGGCGCCCAUCAACGCAGUUGGGCAAUUGCAAGAAGCUACUGAUCGACCUCGGUUCAGGCAUACGUUCUGGUCAUGCGGCUCGUGCAUAGACAUUAGCCAGGCGUUCCCCCCGUCGUGUCGAGUGUUUCAGGGCAGGCCUGGUAGCCAAUAUGGGCCGGAGAACGUCCGUAUACGCUCAAACUCGCAUCGGGGGGACGGGUAUGGCGACAAAGAAACCGCCAUGGAUGCGAGUCGUCUGUGCUGA